GGUCAAAAAUUACAAAAAAAAUUUUCCUAUUGGACAAGUGGCAAUCAGUAUAUCGACAACUUCAUACAAUCGAGUCAAAUGAACCCGUUGAAUAAGAAUAGUUACUUGUCGUGGAUCCCUUUUGAUGAUUUGAUUAAAUUCAAAUGCGUUGCAAUUGGUGGUUUCUCCGCUGUGUAUUCGGCUCAGUGGAAUCGUUUUCAAACGGAUCGAAUGGAUCGAAUGGUGGAUGUGGUGUUGAAACGACUGCACAAUGGUCAAAUUACCAACCCGGAAUUCUUAAGAGAUCAGAUUGCGGUGCUUAUUUACGCCGCUUCACAAAAGUCCACGGUUAUCCAUUGUUACGGUAUAACCCAACAUCCAACCGAAGGAUACAUGUUAGUCAUGGAAUGUGGGGAGGAGGGUGAUAUGC